AUGGCGCAUUUGUUCCAAAGCUUUCGCGCAUCUAGGCUAAAGGGCUCACAGAAGGUAUCCAGCUUAAUACCUCUGAUCGAUGUCCCCAAUCGAACUCUCACACACGACCCGGUCCAUGUCGGAGCUGUCCACUCUCUCCUCAAGACGAAAGGAGCUCUUCAAAUUCAACUUGGCUUUGAUGAUGACGAAAGCUUAUACAUGCAAGAGCUUAUUCUGAACCUUCACAAACACUGUCAACACGGACUUCCUAUAACGCACAGUGCAGAACGCGGAUGGUUUUGGGAUGUUCGGCCGUCUCCAGAAAAGUUUCAGAGCCAUAACCACCAAGCACGAUCAGAGACAAUGCAUCGCUUUGACUGGCAUACCGACUGCAGUUAUGAAGAACAUCCUCCACAAUACUUCGGCCUUCAAGUAAUUCAACCCGAUCGUUGUGGUGGCGGAACAUUGUCGGUAUUAAAUGUUGAUCGGCUGUUGGGCUUACUCUCCCCCUUCGCCAAAGAAUUGCUCUCAAGCCCAAAAUACCAAAUCGAGGUUCCUCCAGAGUUCAUCAAGAACCCCGAGAAACGAUCCAUUGUUGGUAAUUUGUUGGCAAUACAACCAGGGAGCGAAACCGGCUGCAAACUGCGAUUCCGGGAAGAUAUCAUCACUCCCUUGACUGCCGAUGCGUCACAAGCAUUGGAGGAGUUGAAAUAUACCCUAUAUACAGAUGAAGCGCAAGAACAGGCGAUCCAUUUGACGCCGGAGACCCUGCCUCGUGGAUCGAUUAUCAUGAUGGACAACCAUCGAUGGCUUCAUGCAAGAAAUGAGAUCAACGAUCCCAAUCGUCACCUCCGCAGAGUCCGAUGGAAUCCGACUCCAUUCCAGUCUUCACACCAAUAA